AUGAGAUUUGGAGAAUAUUUAAAGUAUGGAUUAAAAGGUGCUGUUUUUGCUCUUCCAUGUCUUAUCACUCUUAUGGAUAAGGUAGCAACAGUAUCACUUGUUGCAGGAAAAUCGAUGCAGCCUCUUCUUAAUCCAACCGGUUUGAAUAGCGAUUGGGUAGUGAUAAAAAGAUGGGAUAUCGAUGAUUAUUUUCUACAGAAAGGUGAUAUCAUUUCACUCGAAUCCCCACGUGAACCACAGGUCUAUAUGAUCAAGCGAGUCAAAGCAUUAGAAAACGAAAUAAUAUAUGACACAAUAAAACAAAAGGAAACACGGGUUCCGAGGGGACAUAUUUGGGUUGAAGGUGACAACAAACGUGAUAGUUACGAUAGUCGACAUUUCGGUUGUAUUCCUCGGGGAUUAGUCACUGGACGAGCAUUAUACGUUAUUUGGCCGCCGAACCGUUUUGGAACGAAAUUAACCUUGCAUGAUAGUCAAGACGAUGAUGAAUAA